CAUUGGUCUUCAUUCUUGCAUCAGUGGCUUCGCGUCGAAGGAACUUCUCUUCGAGGAUAAAAAAGAUUCGUGAUAUACUCGUGGGAAGAGGUGGAGAAUAAUGAGAUUAUGAGAUAGAGAUACUUUAUAAUCGGAGUACUCUCGAAUAUCAUGCGAACAUCAUUCAUUAUCGCUUCGCAAAUUAAUAGUCACGCACAUUUUAACAUUCGACGCUUGAAUAAUCACGUUUGAUUCUGAGGUAAAAAAGAAAAAAAGAGACAUAACAAGUUAUAGAAUGUCUCUGAGCGCCAGCGCGGAAAAUCUCUCAUCCGAAGGACAAAAUAGUGAGAGAUGGAAUAUGUGUCUGGAAUUGGCACUGGAGGGCGAACGCCUGUGCAAGGCUGGCGAUUGCAAAUCUGGUGUAGCAUUCUUCCAAGCAGCGAUUCAAGCUGGCACAGAUGAUCUACGGAUACUAAGCGCAAUCUACAGCCAGCUAGGCAAUGCAUACUUCUAUUUGAGUGACUACGUUAAAGCGAUGCAGUAUCAUAAGUUGGAUCUGACACUUGCCAGGAACAUGGGCGAUAAACUGGGCGAAGCCAAGUCCAGUGGAAAUUUGGGUAACACACUGAAAGUUAUGGGCAAGUUUGAUGAAGCCAUGAUAUGCUGCAAAAGGCAUCUGGAGAUCUCUAGAGAGAUUGGAGAUAAGCUUAGUGAGGGAAGAGCUCUGUACAAUUUAGGAAAUGUAUAUCACGCUAAAGGCAAACAAGCAGGUCGAAUAGGUAAUCAAGAUCCAGGAGAAUUUCCUGAAGAUGUCCGGCAAUGCUUGCAACAAGCUGUACGCUAUUAUGAAGAAAAUUUGGAGCUGGUGAGAGAACUAGAAGAUUCUGCGGCACAAGGCAGAGCGUGCGGUAAUUUGGGCAAUACGUUUUACUUGCUGGGCGAUUUCCAACAAGCCAUUUACUAUCACAAUGAACGUUUAAAAAUUGCCAGAGAAUUUGGCGACAAACCGGCCGAGAGGAGAGCCAAUAGUAAUCUGGGAAAUUCACAUAUAUUUCUGGGCGAAUUCGAGAAAGCUGCACAACAUUACAAGAGGACUUUAGCCCUCGCGCAAGAGUUGGGUGAUCGCGAAGUAGAAGCGCAAGCAUGUUAUUCUCUGGGCAACACAUAUACUCUUCUACGCGACUAUUCGGCGGCCAUUGAAUACCAUUUGUGGCAUCUGAGUAUAGCUCAACAACUAAAAGAUCGUGUUGGUGAAGGACGUGCCUGCUGGUCACUAGGCAAUGCCUAUGCUGCAAUGGGUAAUCACGAAAAAGCAUUGCACUAUGCGAAUCUGCAUCUACACAUUUCGAAAGAAUUGGAAGAUGAAAUGGGUCAAGCUACCGCGCAAAUGAACAUAGACGAUUUACACAAAAUUCUUGGCCUAGAGAAGAGUCAGCAGGAGAGCAACAAAGAGAAUCUGAAUACGCAAAAACUAUCUGCAAAUACAACAUCAAACAUUCCGACAACUACACCCUGCAGGUAUAGGCUCAGACGACAAAGCAUGGACAAUCUCGAUCUCAUAAAGCUCACACCUGAUACAAAGCAAAAAGAUAAAUCAGAAAUUGUAUCGGACAAAGGCAACAAUGUUGCAUCGCAACCGUCUCAGGAAGAAGAUAACUUUUUCGAUCUUCUUUCCCGAUUUCAGUCAGGUAGAAUGGAUGAUCAACGUUGCGCGCUCAACACGAAGCACAAUUCAAAGUACCGAACAAUUACAUCAGAAGUAUCUGAUAUGGAAGAUAAAGACGGCGAAGAUUUGCUAGAAUUAAUUGCCGGAAUGCAAAGCAAACGAAUGGACGAGCAACGAGUGACAUUACCUUAUCUGCCAGGGUUAAACACCAAUCAGGAUGCGGACGAUUCUUUCAUCGAGAUGCUCGUCAGAUGCCAGAGUUCACGUUUGGAAGACCAACGGAGUCCUCUACCAGCUGCGUCAACAUUGCAAGAUGCCGAGGAAGAGAGAGGUCGAAGAACCAACGGAAACGCUCAGUCGGGCUCCACUGUACCAGAGGAAGAUCUAUUCGCUUUAAUUCAAAGACUUCAAGCCGGACGGAUGGAAGAUCAAAGAGCAUCCGGACCCGGCAAAGCAUGCUAAACUCGCUAAAGCAAAUGACUCUCAAGUUUGUGAAAUAUCGAAAUAACGGAUUCGUCCGAUUUUUACACUCAGGCCUUUGAUUCCGUUCAGAUAGACUUAAUUGUGUAUUCAUGUAGACUGCCAUGUCUACAGCAGUAAGUAAUUGAUAAGUAAAUGAUAAUCAAUGCUCUAUAGCUUAGCGACUGUGCUAAAAGUAUCAGUUAUAUGAAAGCAUUAUAGAACAAUGCAAUAAUGAACAACUUUUUAAUUUUGACCGUCUAGUGAUAACUGCCGUUAGUAUUUGGCUAUUUGGUCGAUUGUGUAAACUAAAUGAUACAAGAGCUAUGUUCGAUAUAAGUUAUUUGUCAAUCGUAAAUGGGAAUCGUGAAAAUGUUACAUGUAAUGCAUUUGCAGAUCUCUAUGACCUCGACAAUUUAUGUGACACGCCAGUAUAACUAGCACCGGUUUUAGUAUUAUCAAGAAUUUUAUAAUACCUGUUUUACACACAGCUAUAUAAUUGCAUGCGCAAAACAGGUUUCUCAAACACUGCCAGUUUGAGGGCGAAUUAUUUCCGGACAUUCGUUCGUGAUAAACGUGAAGGGCCUUUUAAUGUUCGCACAUCCUCAAGAGAGAGAUCAUAGGUUUAUUAUUUUAUAUAUAUUUUUUUUCUGUGUAUUUUUCAAUUUACUUUAAUAUAUAAGGGACAAGAGAGCAGGAUUAUUUAAAAAAAAUAUAUUGUGUGUAAACGUUACACACAGUGGAUGAGAAAGAUGUUCAUAUAUCGCCAAGUUUCACUAUCUUAGAUAGCUUAGUCUUAGUUGCUCAAUUAUAAAUGAAUAACAUAAAAACAAAUCGAGUGAGAUAGAGUCAAAAAAUAGAAUGAGUUCACGAGUUUUUGGUUAUAAUCAAAGCCAUGUUAUAUUUUCAAUUUCUAAAGCUUUUUAAAAUCUACUUUUACAGAUUUUUAAAGAUUCUUUUUCAUGGUCAUUUAAAAAUUUUAUAUCUUUUUUAUUUUUAUUAUUAUUAGUGUAUAAUCAAUAAGAAAAAGGAUUAUUGAUUGCACCGAUUUUAUGAACAUAAAUACAUUUUACUGUGUGCUUGAUUCUUGCAAAUAAGAUACUUAACUAUUCUCUCUCUGCUGGAUAAAAUAUUUUUUAAAAGAUUUAGGUGGAGAGAGGGAGAGGGGAAAUUACGAAUCUUUAUAGAUGAAAAAAAUAAUGAUGUGUGAAUAUUAUUUUUGCUUAUACAUUUAAUAGGACAGAAACUUUUAACGAAUAUCAGUGCCAAAGAUUUUCAAUGUGCUAAAAAAUUAAUCUGUUGAAAGAGGAGAAAAAGAAGUUUAUUAAAUGAAUCUCUAUAUUUAUUAUAUAAAUAAUAUUAUUUGUGAAAAAUGGAUUAUUAACAAAAUAAUAAGUAACUAUUAUUGAAGAUCUAUAUCUAUUUACAAUUGACCAAGUAUUAAGCUUAAUUCAUCCUCCAUAAAAUUAUUGAUGUAACUUUUUCCAAAAUAUAUCUUCCCAUUUAUAUAAAAUCAUGGAACUUUGAAAAAAAUUUCGUUUAUUUGUUAUAACAUUAUAUCUAUUAUUAUCUAAACAGACUCACAUUUAUAGAUCUAAAUUAUUAACAAACGUGGAGAAUGUAUAUAGUGUGUCAUCUGUUCUAACAAUCAAAUGUGUAUAUAAUUGUGAGUGAACAAUUCCACGUUGAUUAAAAUGUCGCCUUAUUGUUAGCGACGAAUCAAAUGGCAACGAUGUUAUUUACGAGUGCGCCAAAAGACAAAAGAAAUAUUGAUAAUAUAAGUUGAUAAUUGAUUCAACAAAAGUGCAAGAAUAGUGAUAUAUUAAUUACCGAAUCGAUCGAUACUGAGCAUUUUUUGUUAUA